AUGCACGUUCUUCAACUUGUCAUAUUUUCGCUAGUUGCUGCUUUCUCUCAUCCAGCUCUCUAUGAUGAUUUCCGAAAUGUAAGUGAAAUCCACUGACUUUUACAUGCAUACAUACAUAAUUUCUAAUUUUCAGACGCAGUUUCUACGUGAUUGGGCAGCUUUCUGCGUGGACAAGCACCUUCCAAAGUACGAUGCCCAAGAAAUAAGCCCUGAAAUUCGAAAGUGUGAUACCGAACGGUGUGUCUACUUUAUGUACAAGUACAUAGCUGACAAUCGUCCCGAAUUCUUUCUCGACUUUGACAUUUGCUUCGAAACGAACACUGCGAAGAAGAAAACGACGACGGGAGCACCAUCAAGACGUCCGGAUCAGCAUUACAAACGAGUUGUGUGA